ACGAUUCAAACAUAGGCGGGCAGGCCUAUGCGGUGGCUGUGCUGUGCGAAUAAUCGCAGCACCUGCUCUGCUUUGAGUGCGUGGAAUGAUCGACUGACGUGAAACCAGUGAAACGUCAGUUAGCCAGCAACAACAAUCAUGAACGAAAAUGCAGACGCCCGAGUGGAGGUCUACGAUGACUAUGGAGUUGAGGGUGAAAUGUCAAUACCAGGAAUAAGUAGAAGCAAAACUUUAGGAGAACCUGAUUUCGAUACCCUGGAUGAACCUAUAAGAGAAACAGUGCUUCGAGAUCUUAAAGCUGUUGGAACAAAAUUUUAUCAUGUAUUAAUUCCCAAAGAGAAAAAAAGUUUAUUGAAAGAAUGGGACCUUUGGGGACCCUUAGUUCUUUGCACCUUCAUGGCAAUGGUGCUACAGGGCUCUGCUGACAAAGCUAACUCAAAUGAUGGUGGCCCUGAAUUUGCUGAGGUGUUUGUCAUAGUGUGGAUAGGGUCAAUGGUAGUCACAAUGAAUUCAAAGCUACUAGGAGGAAACAUUUCUUUCUUUCAGAGUGUGUGCGUACUUGGAUACUGCCUUCUUCCCACAACCUUGGCACUUAUUGUAUGCAGAUUAAUCUUACUCUAUCCUCAAUCUAAAGUACUCUUCUUCAUUAGAUUUUUGGUUACCGUGAGUGGUUUUGGAUGGGCAACUUAUGCUUCCACCGUUUUUUUGGGUGACAGUCAACCAGUUGGAAGGAAAGGACUCGCCAUGUAUCCUAUAUUCUUAUUUUACUUUGUUGUUUCUUGGCUUGUGAUUUCCCAUACUGCGUUAUGAAUUUAAAUGUGUAACGGUCAGGAUUUGCAAUUUGCUGGUGGAUGAUUUGUUUCGUCUGCUACAAAACAUGCCAUCAUUGUAGAUUGCAAUAACAAUCCUGUAUUUCCGUCUUUUAAUUUAUUAACUUUAAGACUUUAAAGAUCUCGCACGGUUUGUCUUUAAGAAAUGUUUGCAGCCUGUGAUUCAUGAGCCCUUCUGAUAAGGUUUAUUUUUCUGACUGUGAAUUAUGAACUGUCUGUCUAUUCCAAUGUAAAUUAUCUUUCCAUGCAUUCCUUGUACUUGCUUCUUGACUUAAACUAUGAAUAAAACUAAUGAGUUUCUUAAGUGCAGUGCAGUUAGGCAUCAUUGUAUUAUAUUGUACAAACUUAAUAGAGUUUUGUUUUGAUUGA